UGUGUGCGAUUUUUUACUUUGCCUUUUUGCAAAAGUCCGAAGCUAAAGGUUCUCCUUACAUCAGUUAUAACGAAACGUGCAAUAUAACUAGACCAGGAUUUUACAACAUUAAGAAUAUCCCAUUCCACGGGCAAGUCCGUAAAUUUAGGGAUCUACCAAUUGUUAAACGUGAAGAUGGCAGCAUAUACAUUUCCUAUGGAUCUGAUUUUAAAAUAAAAAGUAUGGAGGAAAGGAAUGUGGCUGAUAUUUUUUGCCUCAAAAAAUUUAGCUCUCUCAACAAAGCCAAUUAUGUUUUAAAUUAUACCAUAACCAUGAAUAAUCCAGAGAUCCGGAUAAGUAUGGUGGCUAAAGAAUACAAUCCUCAAGAAUCUAGCAAUAUCUUGAUGAUGAAUAUGAUACAUGGUGGAAUCCGGAUAAAAUCAUUUUAUGGUGUCAAAGAAAUGAAUAUAACUCAAUAUUUGGAUCGUUUGGUGGUCGACACAUUAAAACAUGAUAACUCAACCACCCAUCAAGUAUACAUAAACACCUUCGUAACAACAUUAGAUCUUGAACUAACAAUAAAAGUCCUAGAUAUGGCUGGAUUUAGAAAAAACAAAAUUUUGAUCAGCAAGAAAAUCAAUUCUUGCCAAUAGAUUUGUUAUACAUAUAUAUUCAACUCUAUUAUCACAAUUCUAUUAUUUUC